AUGGAUAAAGCAACGUCAAGUGCAGAGAUUCUGAGGAGCCAAAUUGCAGCUACGGAGGAAGAGUUGGGAAGGUUGAAGGAGCAAUUGGCUGCUGUUGAGGCGAAAGAGGCGGAGGAUUUGAACCGGUUGUCGAUGCAAGAGAAGCCUGGCCUCGUGACUCAGGGCAAUUGGCCUCUGGAGCUGGAAGAGUAUAAGAGGUAUGGGAGGCAGAUGAUUGUUCCUAAUGUUGGGAUUCAAGGCCAGCUCAGAUUGAAAGCAGCCUCCUUGCUCAUCGUUGGAGCGGGCGGCCUAGGAUGUCCUGCAGCGGCGUAUAUUGCCGGUGCAGGUGUAGGAACCAUCGGUAUCGUCGAUGGAGAUAUAGUCGAAACAUCGAAUCUGCACCGACAGAUAUUACAUAGCACGGCGAAAGUUGGGAUGAAGAAAGUAGAGAGUGCUAUUGAAUUCCUCGCCUCUCUGAAUCCAAAUGUAAGAUUUAUUGCCCACAAUGAGCAUCUGAGUCCUCAAAACGCGAAAGAAAUUGUGGAAAAUUACGAUGUCGUGCUCGACUGCACCGACCACCCAACCUCCCGCUACCUCAUCUCAGACAUCUGCGUCCUUCUCCACAAACCCCUCAUAUCUGCCUCAGCACUGCGUACAGACGGACAGCUCAUCGUUCUCAACUCUCCUCCUUUACCACACGGUGAUCCAUCGGGUGGGCCCUGUUAUCGCUGUGUCUUCCCUAAACCACCGCCUGCUGAGAGCGUUGUCAGUUGUGGCGAUGGAGGGAUUUUGGGACCGGUCGUGGGGAUAAUGGGUGUUUUGCAGGCGCUGGAAGCCAUUAAGUUAAUUGCCGCUGGAAAGCUCACAGCGAGAGAAGGAGAAAAAGCAGGGGAGGCGAGCAUGCUACUUUUCUCUGCAAACAGUAACCCGCCAUUCAGAAGUGUAAGGUUGAGAGCUAGGAGACAAAAGUGCUUUGCCUGUUCGAAGGAGGGAGGAUUAACACUUGAGAGCUUGAGCAGUGGGAGUUUGGAUUAUGUACUUUUUUGUGGGGUUACGACUCCCGUGAAAAUUUUGGAGCCACAGGAGAGGAUUGAGGCGAGGGAGUAUGAGAGGGUUUUGAACGGGGGGAAGGGAAAGGAUCAUUUGUUGGUGGAUGUUAGGGAGAAGGUGCAGUUUGAUAUUUGCAGCAUCGAGGGGUCUGUUAACGUCCCGUUCUCCACACUGCAGGGGAAUCGAGCGCUGGCAGCUGACGAGAAGCCUCUUUGGAUCCCGCAGACCUUGCCCACAAAUGCACCAAUAUACCUUGUCUGCAGACUAGGAAAUGACUCUCAGAUCGUUGUCAGGAAACUCAAGGAAAUCGGAUUGGAUAAAGACGGACGCUACAUCGGGGACAUAAAAGACGGACUCAAAGAGUGGAAAAAGCAAGUAGAUAGUUCCUGGCCCGAAUACUGA